ACCAGGGUUGAGAAUGACUUCAAAGUACUUAUGGCUAGUGGCCCUUGUGGCUCUAUCCAUUCCGCCCAUCCAGUCUCUGAACUGUGUUCACCUGGAUGAUGCCAUCUUGCAAAAUGUGAAACUUCUGGGCAGUAUCAUGACCGGCUUUCCCUUAAGAUGUCUAAAAGAUAUCACGGAUUUCAAGUUUCCUAAAGAGAUUUUGCCAUACAUCCAGCAUAUGGAUAAGGAGAUAAACGCCAUCUCCUAUCGUAUAUCUGCUCUGGCACUAACUAUCUUCAAUCUUAAAGGCUCCAUCUCUCCGGUGGCAGAGGAACACUGGGAACGUAUCAGAUCGGGACUUUUUGAACAAGUGCGGCAAGCUCGAGAGUGUUUCAUGGACGAGGAGAAAGAGAACAGGGAGCAUCCUCCCUCCGAGGACUUACUGAUGGUCUACCUGGAAUUGAGCAAGUAUUUCUUAAGAAUCAAAAAGUUCUUGAUAAAUAAGAAAUACAGCUUCUGCGCGUGGAAGAUUGUCACGGUGGAGAUAAGAAGAUGUUUCACUAUAUUUUACAAGUCUAAAAAACUACUCAAAAUGAUAUCAGAAUCACCCACCUUCAAGCAAGAACUUAAAUAGAAGCUGCAACUGCUCAAAUGCCCCCAAGAACGCUUUAUUCUAAAGCCAUUACCAGGAUGCUGCUAAUUCGACCUUCGGCUGCAAGACUUUUCAAGUUUAGGGUACAAGGCAGUGAGUCAAAGAAAGUCUUAUAUUAAGCAACAGACAAAUUUCAGUGGAAAAGUUAGCAGAAAUGUUAACUUAUAAUAAAACUGAAGUUGUAGAU